AUUCAAUAGUUUUCCACCUCUAAAACAGGUUCAUUUGAUACAAAGAAAACGUAUCAAUAUUUGACAAAUUAAUAGGAGCUACGCUUGCAUUGAUAACAACAAUUUUGCAUCUGCAUAACGUAUAUCGCCAUUGAUGCCGAAAUGACAAUUUCCACUUGUAUUUUCUACAUACUAUUGUGGAAUUUCUUAGCUGUAUACGGCCUAGUGGAUCAGAGCUCGCACAACUAUAUAUCAAAUGGAAGAAAUUACCAUAUGGUUGAUGAUGCUGCUGAGGACGACACCAUUGGAUCAUUUCCAUUCCUAAUGCCAAAGGUUUCCCCAAAAACUCCGGAUUUGUACUUAUGCACCCCCAUUAAAGUCGAUCCAACAACAUCAUAUUAUAUUGUUGGUUACAAGCCAAACGCAACUAUGAAUACGGCUCAUCAUAUGUUGCUCUAUGGAUGCGGGGAACCGGGAACAUCAAAAACAACUUGGAACUGCGGGGAAAUGGCAAAGUCAACGGAAGAAGAGACGGGAAGUCCCUGUGGUCCGCACUCACAUUCGCAGAUCUUAUACGCGUGGGCAAGAGAUGCACCUAAAUUGGAUUUACCGGACGGAGUUGGAUUUAAAGUUGGAAAGGAUUCUCCGACCAAAUAUUUGGUCUUACAAGUCCAUUAUGCACAUAUCGACAAAUUUAAAGACGGAUCUACGGAUGAUUCUGGCAUCUUUUUGCAUUACACUGAAAAACCACUAAAAAAAUUAGCUGGUACCCUACUAUUGGGUACUGAUGGCGUUAUUCCUGCAAUGAAAACUGAACAUAUGGAGGCAGCCUGUGAGAUAACUGAAAACAAAACAAUUUAUCCGUUUGCCUAUCGCACACAUACGCAUGGAUUGGGGAAAGUAGUGUCCGGAUAUAGGGUACGGACGAAUGAUAAAGGAAUUCAGGAAUGGACGCUGCUUGGCAAGAGAGAUCCACUGACGCCACAAAUGUUUUACAAUGUUGAGAAUAAAUCACCAAUCGUAACCGGUGAUUUUGUUGCGGCGAGGUGUACCAUGAAAAGCACUCGACACCGUGCAACACAAAUUGGUCCAACAAAUGAAGAUGAAAUGUGUAACUUCUACCUCAUGUACUAUGUAGACGAAGGGGAACCCCUUGAAAUGAAAUAUUGCUUUAGCCAAGGUGCUCCCUAUUAUUACUGGGCCAAUCCAGAUACUGGCCUACAUGACAUUCCACAUAUAGAAGCCAGCACGUUGUAAAUCUCAAAGAAAUCAACAAAUAUCGUAUCGAAUUAUUGUAAAAAGUCAAACAAAUGUAUAUUGUUUUUUUUUUCAAACUAAUUUUACCGUAUGUUUAUAUUAUAGUACAUUUAUUGUUGAACGUCAUAUUGUAUGAAUCUAAAUCAAAUUAUAUUUACUUUUAAACAUUA